AUGAGGAUGAGGUGCUGGAUUUUGAAUGAGAGCCCCUCCAUCAUCUUAGCACUCUCAUGGCUGGGAGUGAAUCUGUAUCUGUUUAUUGACACAUUCUAUUGGUAUGAAGAGGAAGAGUCAUUCCUUUACACACGAGUUCUUCUGGGUUCCACGCUGGCUUGGGCUCGAGCAUCUGCCGUGUGCCUGAACUUCAACUGCAUGCUGAUCCUUCUCCCAGUCUGCAGGAACCUUGUUUCAUUCAUUAGAGGGACAAGCAUCUGUUGCAGAGGCUCCUGGAGGAGACAAUUAGACAAAACCCUCAAAUUCCACAAACUUGUUGCCUAUGGGAUAGCCAUCAAUACAGCUAUUCACAUCGUGGCACACGUGUGCAACCUGGAGCGCUUCCGGGCUGGCUGGUCCGGGGAAGCCGGCGGACUGGCCGCGGCACUUUCCAAACUGGGCGACGCCCCAAAUGAGACCUACCUCAACCCCAUCCGGAGCCCACAUUCAAACCCCACUGCUGAGAUGCUGUUCACCAUCGCAGGCGUGACCGGGCUGGUGACCACACUGGCCCUCAUCCUGACCAUGACCUCGUCUACUGAGCCCAUCAGACAGGCCUCCUACGAGCUGUUCUGGUACACACACCAUGUCUUCAUCCUCUUCUUUAUCAGCCUGGCUGUCCAUGGGGCAGGUCGGAUGGUUCGAGGCCAAACCCCAGAGAGUCUACGGCUGCACAACAUCACCUUCUGCAUAGCCCACUAUGCUGAAUGGCACACAGCCGCGCCCUGCUCCUCGCCUCAGUUUUCUGGCAAGGAACCUUCGGCUUGGAAGUGGAUCUUGGGCCCCGUGAUUCUGUACGCGUGUGAGAGAAUGAUUAGGUUCUGGCGAUUUCUACAAGAGGUGGUCAUUACCAAGGUGGUGAGCCACCCGUCCGGCGUCCUGGAACUGCAGAUGAGAAAGCGCAGCUUUAAAAUGGCGCCCGGGCAGUACAUCCUGCUGCAGUGCCCGGCCAUCUCCGCCCUGGAGUGGCACCCGUUCACACUCACCUCGGCCCCCCAGGAAGACUUCUUCAGUGUGCACAUCCAGGCGGCAGGCGACUGGACAGCGGCGCUGUGUGAGGCCUUCGGAGCUGGCGGCCCGGCCCCACAGGCGCCCCGGCCCCUGCCAAGGCUAGCGGUGGAUGGGCCCUUCGGCGCCUCACUGAUGGACGUGUUUCACUACCCAGUGAGCGUGUGCAUUGCUGCAGGAAUAGGCGUGACUCCCUUCGCCUCACUCCUGAAAUCUGUAUGGUACAAGUGUGAGUCAGAAACCCAGCUGAAGCUGAGUAAGGUCUACUUUUACUGGAUUUGUCGGGACCCCAGUUCUUUUGAAUGGUUUGCUGAUCUCUUACUCUCUCUGGAAACACGCAUGAGUGAACAAGGGAGAGCUCACUGUCUAAGUUAUCAUAUAUUUCUCACUGGAUGGGAUGAAAACCAGGCUAUUUACAUAGCUUUACAUUGGGAUGAAAAUACUGAUGUGAUUACGGGGUUAAAGCAGAAAACCUUCUAUGGAAGACCCAACUGGAACAAGGAGUUUCAGCAGCUCGCCUGCAAUCACCCACGCAGCAACAUCGGUGUGUUCUUCUGUGGGCCCAGAACGCUCUCAAAGACGCUUCAAAGCAUGUGCCGCCUAUAUUCGUCAGCCGACCCCAGGGGGGUCCAUUUUUACUACAACAGAGCAAGCUUCUAG